CGAGGAUGGCCGCGAUCGCAAACGCCGCAGUCAGCUCCCUGACGUCGCCCGAUGCCAAAAAGGAGGAGUUCAGGAAGUACCUCGAGCGGUCCGGCGUGAUCGAUGCGCUGACGAAGGUGCUGGUCGGGCUGUACGAGGAGCCCGAGAAGCCCUCCAACGCGAUCGAGUUCAUCAAAAUGACGCUUGGCGCGCCGACGGGCGUCGACGUGGAUCAGCUCAAGGCGGAGAACGAGACGCUACGUGCCGAGGCGGCUCGGCUACGCGAAAAGGUUGGCGCGCUCGAGGAGAAGUUGGGAGGUGCGGCGGCGGAGGAGUAGAGGGGAGGAGACUGGACCCAUUGCGGCGCACGCCUCUCUGUUCUCCCUGUAUGUCUAUUUACUUGCUGCGGCUUGCGGCCGCCCUUUGUGUCUGUCGUGCCCGUCCGUCUUUUUGACGAGCCCUCGCUUGUCGCUCGUGAGUAUGUACUUCAUCAUGGAACGCGGAACUCCACGCCACGCGUCGGACAACUACUGUACA